CGACUGCGGCCGACAGGUCUGGGGGGUCGGCCUGCCGGGGGCUGAGCCACGUGGGCCCCGGCCUCGCGCCCGCCCAGCCCGGUUCCGAAGUGGGUCUUCCCGGUUGUUGGACUCACAGAGGAGACCGAGAGCACCCGAAGGCCCCAGCCGCCUCCCUGAGUCAGCGAGAAAGACCCCAUCUUCCUACAACAUGGCAGGUAAGAAAGUGCUCAUCGUCUACGCUCACCAAGAGCCCAAGUCUUUCAAUGGGUCCUUGAAGAAAGUGGCCGUGGACGAGUUGAAGAAGCAGGGCUGCAUAGUCACCGUGUCCGAUUUAUAUGCCAUGGACUUCGAGCCGAGGGCCACAAGGAAAGAUAUCACUGGUGCUCUCUCUAAUCCUGAGGUCUUCAAUUACGGGGUGGAAGCCUAUGAAGCCUGCAAGAAGAGAAAUCUGACCAGCGACAUCAUUGAGGAGCAGAAGAAGGUUCAGGAAGCUGAUCUGGUGAUAUUUCAGUUCCCGCUGUACUGGUUCAGCGUGCCGGCUAUCCUGAAGGGCUGGAUGGACAGGGUGCUAUGCCAAGGCUUCGCCUUCGACCUCCCGGGGUUCUACGACUCCGGCUUUCUGAAGGGAAAGUUGGCCCUCCUGUCGUUGACCACAGGGGGCACCGCUGAGAUGUACAGCAAAGCCGGAGUCAGCGGGGACUUCCGGUACUUCCUGUGGCCGCUCCAGCAUGGCGCCUUGCACUUCUGUGGAUUUCAAGUCCUCUCCCCUCAGAUCAGUUUUGCUCCUGAGACCGCGUCAGAAGAGGAAAGAAAAGGGAUGGUGGCUUCGUGGGCUCAGCGCCUGAAGACCAUCUGGAAGGAAGAGCCCAUCCACUGCACAUCCCCUUGGUACUUUGGGCAGUAAUGCUCGGUCCACAUGCACAUCCCACGAGCAACGCUAGCAGACCCAAGCACACGCAAUGGGAAGGUGGGGCCAUCACAAGAUAGCAUCGCAGCUGAGCAAACUGGGGACUGUUAAUGAUGUACAUGAAUGAGUACCUUCCAAUCAAAUAUUCCAACGAUAAGCUAGUCAUGUUGAAUUCUCUCCUGACCAAUCGUUACUCACCCACGUGAUUUCCUUAAUACACACUGCCCAAUUUACAGUGAUUUAGCUUAGGAUUUCUCAGUCUUAUGGUGUGCUUAUUGGUAUGGAACCCCAUCAUAAGUCAAGGAGCUUCUGGACUUCUAAUAGUUUUGACUUAAAACUUUUCAACUUUUUGAUGGGUUUACCAGGGUAUUAAAUGCAUUUUUGACUUACGUGA